AUGCCCUCACUCCGAACGACUCAGACUCAGGUCUGCCACUCAAGUCAAUUUAGUCAAGUGCACUCUUGCUCGGUGCCAACGUCGUCAAUCACGACGUUCACACUUUACAGAGCUCAGAUAAAUUCAAGACGCAUCACUGCCUUGCCGAGACUGUUCUGCCCGAAAUUAACAUCAAGAAUAGUGUCCUCGUGUCCAAGGACUGAUUCGAGAAAAUAUACAGGUGUCCAUUUGGCAGGCAGCUGUAAAAAAAUUAAAAAAUAUCCAGUUGGAAUUCAAAGAAACAUUAUCUGGGUAAUAACAUCCUUCUUUUUUUUAAUCUCUUCCUCGCUUACCAGAAAUGGUUCUUUGGAAUCGUCUGCAUAUUUGUUUUUAAUAUUGUCACGAAAUUCAUUAAAAUUGAAAGCUGCAUUCUCUUUUACGCUGUAUGGAAAGUGA